AUGACCAUUUCACAGAAAUCCCGCUCGUUGACAGUGAUAUCGGCGCCAUUUUCAGGCGGCCAGGGUAAACCCGGAGUCGACGACGGUCCUCAGCAUCUGCUGGAUAUGGGACUGGUUGAACAGAUUGGCCGGCUGGACUGGACCCCCAAGUUCGCGGGACAUCUACAGUUUCCGGCCGUGAAAAAUGAUACUAAUAUUGGACAUGUCAAGAAUCCCAGAUACGUUUCACAGUCCACAAAGAACAUUUAUGAAGCAGUUAAAAAGGCAUCGACCAGUUCAGAUUUCACGCUGACUAUCGGUGGAGACCAUUCAAUUGCCAUUGGCACUGUUGCCGGUGUCCAGGCAGCACAUCCAGACGCUAUUGUUCUAUGGAUCGAUGCCCAUGCCGACCUUAAUACUCCAGCAGCUUCAAGCUCUGGUAAUCUCCAUGGAUGUCCCGUCGCAUUUCUGCUCGGAGCAGACGAGCCACUAGCGAAUGCUGCUUCGAAAGAAGAGGCUGAUCUGUUUGGCUGGGUUCCACACUGUCUUGACGACUCGCAAUUGGGGUAUAUCGGGCUACGGGACGUCGAUGCUUUUGAAAAACAGUAUAUUCGCGAACAUAAAAUAGCUGCCUUUUCAAUGCACCACGUCGAUAAAUACGGGAUUGCCAGUGUUGUCGAACAAGCUAUCAACAAACUAGAUCCCGAGCACAAACGGCCUAUCCACCUGUCAUUCGAUGUCGAUGCCAUUGAUCCCGUCUAUGCCCCCUCGACAGGAACACCUGUUCGUGGCGGACUCACCUGGCGAGAAGCCUGUUACCUCUGUGAAGCUGUAGCUGAAACCGGACGUCUCGUCGCCAUGGACCUCGUCGAGUGCAACCCGCACCUCGAAGACGCCAAAGCCGCCCGCGAGACCAUCGCCAUGGGUCUCAGUCUCGUCCGCUGCGCUCUUGGCGAAACCCUCCUCUAA